UUUAUUUUAUUGAAGUGUUCCGUUCUAUAUAAAGAUAAGAUGACCUAGGUGUGGCAGCGAGAGUGUGCGCGCGUCAGGAUGGCCUAUAUAAACAUAGCUGAAUGGACACCGGACCAAGUUACGGACUGGAUCAAAGGUCUCGACGAGUCCAUGAAAGGUUAUUUAUAUGAAUUUUCCAAACAUGAAAUCGGUGGGCGAUCCCUGCUCAACAUACGACCGUAUGAGUUGGAGAAUUUGGGCAUGCAGCGUAUAGGCCAUCAGGAGAUCGUGCUGGAGGCAGUUGAAAAUCUGAGAAAUUUUCAUUAUCAUCUGAAAAAUGAUAAUCUACAGUUUAUGGCCCUGCAUGUGGCCACGGCAGCGAGGAAUUUACACCGCGAGCUGGCCAAGAACCAUGCGGACAGUACGAAGAUCGAUACGAGGACCCUGCAUGACAUCACCAGGACCAUAGCUACGCUGAAGCCGCUGGUGGGCAGCCUGGAGCGUUCCCCCUUCCGGGGGCAGGAUAAUUACCGCGAGUAUUGCGGAAAUGUUUUGAAAUGCGGCCUGGAGCUGGCCACCAAUGCGCAUCGGGACCGCUUUGCCGAGAACCCAGUGGAUAAGAUAAGGAGCACCGCCGAGCGUCUGGAGAGCCUGGCCAAUUUCAUGAUCCAGGACAUAUCCGAUCCGAUGGUGCUGCAGCCAUCCUCCCUCAACCUGGUCAACCUGAAGAAGCGCGAGUCGGAGCUGGGCUUCAAUAUCGAGUCCAGCUACAAUGGCAUCCAUCGCGUGACGGACAACAAGUACCAUUCGCCGGCCCACAACUCGGGCAAGAUCGAGGACGGCGACGAGAUCGUGCAGAUCAACUACCAGACAGUGGUCGGAUGGCAGCACAAAACCGUGCUGGAGCACCUGCGCGAGUCCCUGCCCGAUGUGGUGCUGACCGUAAAGAAGCGACCGAAGCACACAAAGAUGUUUGGCCAGAUCUACAUGCAACCGUACCGGCUGCCGAGCAAAAAGCGCAACAUGGCAUGUCGCUGGGCGGAUCAGAUGCCCAGUCCGCGCUCGGCCUUUCUCACGCUGGACACGGAGAAGGUGGCAACGGGCACGCUGGGCACGGAGGUGACUAAGUCCUUGGCCAGCGACAAGAGUGAGGUGGUCAAAACCAGUCCGCCAGCCUCCUCGGACUCGGACUCCAGCUGCAGUGAUAUAGCCACACCCACGGAUCCAAAAUGUGCCACGCGGGAGAUGCGCCUGUACUAUCCCAAGCCCAGGGCCUUGCUGCAGCGCAGGAAUACCAUCUGUGGCGAUGAGUUUCUCAGCCUCAAGCACUCCGAUCUGGUUGUGCCCUCGUGGCAUGAACGAAAGCCGGGCAUCGGCUCCUCGGCGGCCUGUUGUGAUCCCGGGUCGCCCAGCAUUCGCGACAAAUCCAUCUCGUUCGGCUAUGGCCUGGAGAUUGCACCGCGCCCCACGACCUGUAUUGGGAUUGGCGAUAGCUCGACGGACAAGGCUCGACGGAUGUUCAACGAAGCGCGCAAGCUGAAGCAGUUGACAGGGGAGUUCCAGCGGGAGCGCGACCAUGUGGAGGAUCGCUACAAGCCGGGCGUCAGCAAGGUGGUCCGCUUCGAUUCCACCAUGAAGGUGGAGGACUACGUGGUGCGGAACGAGAAGUUUACGUGCAAUGUGGAUAACACCAUCCUGGAGACCUUCGAGCCCAUUCCCUUCGCCGACGAGGGCGACGAGGAUGCCCUGGAGACGUUGCGCAACUGUAAGACGGAGAACGCUGAGGAGCUGCUGGAGGCCAUCAAUGUCGCCUCCCUUGGGCAGGACCUGCCCCUGGCGGAAGCCAUCAAUGCCCCCCUGCUGCUGAAUCGCCGUGGACGCUUGGACAAGAGUCACAGCACACCGGCGUACGAUAACUCUGGCGAGGAAUCGGACACCCCGCCAGCCGUCGAACCGCGCAAGGAAUUCCUUCUAGUAACGCCGCCAGCUCCACCGCCCAGGCCGCGCAAGCAAAAGGAGAUGAGUCCGCAGGUGGUGCCGCCGCCACCACCCAAGCCGGCCAGUAUGCUGGCAGCCUCUGCACUUGUCCUUCUCCCUGUACCUGUUCCCAUCUCUAUCCCUGUACCUGUACCUGCAUCUGUACCUUCAACUGUACCUGUGUCUGUGCUUGUGCAGACUCCAACCACACCAUCGGAGCCGCCGGAGAUUAGUGAGCUGCACACGCCCAGCAAAUCGCGUACCUUGACCCUCAAGAAGAAGCACAGUCUGAUGGCCAAGCGGAGGAACACGAACCUAAAGCUCCUGGGCACCGGCGACAUCCAGGGCCAUCUGUACAGGCGAAAGAAGAACCACCGCGGCGUCACCUACUGGGCGAGGAUAUACUUUGUGAUGCUGGACACCAUCCUGUACGGAUUCCGCAGCAAGCAGAGCACCUCCGCCAGCCUGGUCAUCUUUCUGCCGGGCUUCACCGUCUCCCUGGCCAAGGAAGUGCACUCUAAGCCGCACGCCUUCAAGGUCUAUCACACGGCCAAGAGCUUCUACUUUGCGGCCGAGUCCCUCGAUGCCCUCAAUCAAUGGGUGGACUUUCUACGCCAGGCUUCGCAGAAGAUACCUCCCAACGUUCGCGCGGACACCAAAGAUCUGUACUCGGAGAACGACAGCUCAGGCGAGGAGUGUGACGCCCUGGUGGCCAAAAAUCUGUGCACUCCCUCGCCCCAAGGCUCCAAGGAGAUGUCCUCCGGUGGCAUACUAACCAGCGGCAGCGGCGGCACGCCCACCUCCAGCACCGGGCACGGGAUCAAGCACGAUCGCAGCUACCUGGACUCGUUCCGCAAGUUCACGAUGGGCCCGUUUAAGAGCAGCGCGGCAAAGCCCUCCAGCGACAUCCCGGUACCCACGGAGCAGUAUCGCAGCUACCGGAAGGUGCCGGGCGGUAGCUUUGGCAUCCAAAUCGGAGCCAAUACUCCGGGCUACCACGAUCCGGCCAUGCCGCCCACAUUGGUCACUCAAACGGCAAUGGCCGCUGAGACGCGCAAGUUGUCGCGCAGCUCCAGCCGGAGCUCGGUGGUGAGCAACACGGAGUCUGCUGUCUCGGUCUCAGCUUCGGUCUCGGCAUCGUUGGCCCUGGGUCCGCCCACAUCGCCAGCGCCUACGGUCAGCUCAUUGCAACACCAAAGCUCCGAGGAUAGCCAGAGCCAGAGCCAGAGUCCGAGUCCGAACAGCAAGUCGAGCCUGAAGAAGGUGCCCUUCAACUUUCUGCAUGCCUCCAAUCCCAAUCUGGUGGAAUUCGAUUUCCACACCUCGAAGACGCUGCUGCCCAAGAUGAGUGUUGGCGGAACCCUGGACCAUCACCACAACACCCAGGGCUUUGUCACGCUGAAGGAUCUUAUGCUGCGCAAGCAGGAGGAAGAGGCCCAGGAGAUGUACAACAAUCGAGUGCAUUUGGGCGUGGAAAAGCACAAGCAUGCGCGUACCGAGUCCACGGCCAGCCAGCAGAGCAGCACCGUGGUGAAGCCGCCCGCGAAUCUGCCUAAGAUCCAGAGCGUGAGCCUGCCCAAGACUCCGGACUACGAGAUUAGCUUCAAGCCGGACGACGAGAGCAUCAAGCGGACACGCACCAAGGAGGGACAGAAGCUGCGCGACUUUGGCUACGAGCUGAUAUGCGGGGACGAGCCCAGCUCCUCCAGCAAUCACGAGCAGCUGCAUCAUCACCAUCAGCAAUUUCAGCAGCACCACCAACAGCAGCAGCAGUUGCUGCAGCAACAGCAACAGCAGCAACAACAGCAGCAUCAUAGCAGUCGAACAAAGCACUUUCUGCGCUCCCAGCAGCUGCAGUUCUCCAGCUUCUUGCACAAGAGCAGCAGCAGCAGCAACGCCAGUGGAGGAGGUGGAAAAAACUCGAGCGCCGAUCCGAAGAAGACCAAGGGCAAGUCCAGCAGCGAUCGACGCUUUCCCUUCACCUCCAAGCACUCUUCUGGAAGCGGCAGUGGCAGUGGCAGUGUGACCCCAUCCCUUCCCAUGACCAUGACCUUGCCGUUGAACAAGAAGUCCAAGUCGAAUCAUGCCCUGGAUGGGGGAGGAGCUGGUGGCAGUGGAAUGGCCAGCAGCAGCAUUAAGAAGAGCCAGACCUACAAUCAGGACCUGAGGGAAAAGAUCACGGGCACCAAGUACGAUGCCCAUCGCAAAAACUCAGCACCCAUACCCAUCUUUGCCAAGCUGUCGAUAUCGUCGGCCACGCCCACGAAGCCAUCGAAGGAGAACCGCUUUCUGGGCUCGCCCCUCCUGCAUCGGACACUGUUCGGCCAUCAUCAGCACCAGCCCAACCAUCAGAUACCGCUGCAGGCCGUGACUCCGCCAUGUAGUGCAGAUCCUGACUGCGAUCAAGAGAUAUUCUCGCAGAUAACCUUGCCCUUAACCUAUCGGAGCUACCGUGGCCCUGGAGUGCCGACAGCAUCCACCACGAAUCUGUGCACAUCCGAGUCUCUGCAGCCGCCUCUGCCGCCAGCACCGCCUCCACCAACGAUGGCCAACAACAGCAGCAGUUGUAGCAGCACUAACAAGGAAGAAGAGCCAGCGGUGGCAGCAACAGGAUCAGGAACAGGAGCAACAACACCAACGCCAACACCAACACCAAAAGUAUCAAACACCAAUUCUGUCGACUCGAAGGCGGCCACACCGGACUAUCCGAACAUGGAGUGUCCGCCAGUAUUCGAGCCGGAGAUCUACUCUCUCAGUGAGCCCAAUACCAGUCUGUCGCGCCUAAUGCUGCGCACCAACAGCAACACCACAACUACCACCGCGAGUAUCGCGACCAACAACAAUAAUAAUAAUAAUAACACCAACAACAACACCAACAGCAGUCCCAGUGGCAGCGAACAUCCAACAACCUAGGUGUGAUGUAAACGAUUGUGAAUGCUCUAAAGGAUCCCUCGGGAUCCCUAUUUACAUAUACAUAUAUAUAGAUAUAUAUAUAUAUAUACUCUCGUAUUGAUAUAGAUAUAAAUUUCUUAAUUUUGAUUCGUCUUCCCUGUCCACCACCUGUUUCCCACUCCUUUGAAACACCAUUGUCUCCCCCUUAGUCGGUAAGCGUUUACUCUGCCUUAUUUGCAUUAUUUCGGUUCUAGGUAAAAUGAAAUGGAAACUAAAAACAACAAAAAUGAGAGAAGUCUGUGCACACGAAGAGAGCGUAGAAGUAGAGAAGAGAAUUCUUUAUGAUUUGCCUUUGUAUCGGGAUUAACCAAGUUAGUCCGAGCUGUUUGAUUUUGCUCAACAGUUUAAUGUCUAGAGAGUACAUUUAUUAAAUAUAAAAAGAUAUUAUUGUAGAGGCGAACCCAGAAAGGCGAAAGUCGAAGGGAAGGGAGCCGGCCCGCAAAAUGUUGUAGUGAAUAAAUAUAUACACCAAUACGA